GACCGGGAGCUUUUAGUUAGUUAGUUGGUUGGCUGGCGAUCGGCGCGGACGCACCGACGACGGACGGACGCUGUGCUCUCCUUGUGUGUUGUGACUGCUAAUUUGCGGCGGCAGGCCAGCCAGACGCUCGCUCGCUCGCAGCCAGGCCCAAUUUGCAAUAAAAGCUGAUUAGAGAUGGGUCGAGAAAAGGUGGUGAAAGCGUUAAAGACCAACGCUCUGACAAUUUUCACGAUCCUCGGCGUAUUCGGCGGUGUCGUUCUCGGAAUCAGCCUUCGCGCUUCAAGAGAGGAGAAAUGGACGCCGCGCGAGAUUAUGUACGUCAACUUCGUGGGCGAGCUGUUCCUGCGAAUGCUCAAGUCCCUGAUUCUCCCUCUGAUCGUGGCCUCGCUGAUCUCGGCCAUCGGCUCCCUUGACCUGGGCCUGUCAGGUCGAAUCGGCGCCAGGGCGGUGACCUACUACAUGACCACGACGGUGUGCGCGGUGGUGCUCGGCAUCUUCCUCGUGCUCACCAUCCACCCUGGCACGGGCGACUCCGAGUCCAUCGCCAGGUCGGGACAAUCGUACAAUGGAACCACGGUGGACACACUCAUGGACCUUAUCAGGAAAAUGUUUCCGCCGAACAUCGUCCAUGCUUGCAUUGCCCACUACCGCACUGUCCUGAAGCCUCCAGUUAUUCCUCCGGCGCCUCCGAUCAAUGAGUCUUCUUUGCCUGCCGCCAUAGUUACGGAGGAUGGAUCUGCAAUUGACCCAACAAGCCCACCCGCAUUCUCACCAAAUUCCCCCGCAGCUCCGCCGAAUCUGCACGAUUGGGAGAUUUCGCACGAGUACGCGCAGGGCACCAACAUCAUGGGUCUGGUGGUGUUCUCCACCGUGAUGGGCAUGACCCUGGGCAAGAUGGGCCACAAGGGCCAGCCGCUUUUGUCCUUCUUCACGUGCGUCAGCCAGGCCAUGAUGAUCAUCACCGGCUGGGUCAUUUGGUUCUCGCCCGUGGGUGUCAUGUUUCUGAUCGCCGCCAAGAUUUUGGAAAUGGACAAUUUCGGCGUGAUCGUCGGCCAGCUGGGCAUGUACUACCUCACCGUCAUGAUCGGUAUCUUCUUCCACGGAUUCGUCGUUCUCCCCAUUAUCUACGUUGUCUUUACGAGGACGCUGCCGUUCAAGUUCAUAGGCAACAUGGCGCAAACCUUGGCGACAGCUUUUAGUACUGCUUCUAGUUCAGCGACGUUGCCUGUUGCAAUCGCGGCGUUAGAGGAGAAAAACGGCGUUGAUCCGAGAGUGGCCCGCUUUGUGAUGCCGAUCGGCGCCACGAUCAACAUGGACGGCACCGCUUUGUACGAGGCCGUGGCAGCUAUUUUCAUCUCGCAGGUGCGCAACGUGCCGCUCUCCCUGGGAAGCAUCAUAGCUGUCAGCAUCACGGCGACGGCCGCGAGCAUCGGCGCUGCCGGCAUCCCGCAGGCCGGCCUGGUCACCAUGGUGAUGGUGCUGGACACCGUCGGCCUGCCCGCCGAGGACGUCACCCUCAUUCUCGCUGGAGACUGGCUCCUGGACCGUUUCCGAACGAUGAUCAACGUGCUUGGCGACUCGCUGGGCGCCGGGCUGGUGAACCACUUGAGCAAGCGCGAGCUGGAGAACGUGCCCGUGACCGUGGAACUGGAGAAGUGACCGAAUUUGCAUCGGCCAUGAUUUAUUCCGCCAAGACAAACUCACUCGGCGAAAAAGUUAGCAAGAGCAGUUUUCUCAUGCAAAUGAGCCCAUUUGCACCGCAAACUUUGUAAUUUUCCGAAAACGCUGCUUUCCUCACACAGUGCCUAUCACUCAAAAAACGAACCAAACGCGUUUCGCACACGCGAAAUUACGUAUUCAAGAGGCGCGCCGGCGCCUCUCUCUCUCUCCCUUUACUCCUCAUUCUCUCUGUGUUAAAAAGCACCUACUUAUAUUCUGUGUCACAUCGAGCUGGCGGAAAACUCGAUUUUUCAUCACACACACUCGCUUUUCGCAGGCGAUGCUAAAACGAAAUGGAAUCGAAUAAAAAGACGACGAGAGGAAAAGGCUAA